GUACGGUCUAAUGGAAAGCCAUGCCCACCCCCUUGCCUGUUCUCUGUAUCCAAGGACAUAGGCCUUCGUUCUUCCUUCCUGCCUCCAGAUUAAGACCCAUAAACCCACUCAGUUCUUACCAUCAGCCUUUCUUUCCCUUUCGUUUCUGAGUGUAUGGCCUUUCUAGUACCCAUGGGGCCCUUUCAGGGCGGAGCAUCAUGUCAGUCCACCCCUCCGGCCUGGUUUCCUCAGGAAAAGCCUUGGGAGGAAGCAGGGAGGGGGUUGGGAGCUGUGGGAGCCAGAUUAACUCAAGCCCUCCCACUUUAUUGGCCGCCAUGGGGCUGGGGCUGCUGUUCCUACUUCUGCUGCUCUGGACUGCAGGGAUCCAGGGGUCUGAGCUGGAUCCCAAUGGGCAACACGUCUGCAUGGGCAGCAGCCCCUCUGCUGAGCUGCAGUGCUGCCCAGGUUGGAGGCAGAAAGAUCGAGAAUGCACCAUUCCUAUCUGUGAGGGACUGGAUGCCUGCCAGAAAGACGAGAUAUGUGUGAAACCAGGCCUCUGCCGAUGCAAACCUGGAUUCUUCGGGGCCCAGUGCAGCUCCCGCUGCCCAAGCCAGUACUGGGGCCCCGACUGCCGUGAGACUUGCCCCUGCCACCCACACGGCCAGUGCGACCCAGCCACCGGCAAGUGCCAGUGCCAAGCGGACCGCUGGGGCAGCCGCUGUGAGUUCACGUGUGCCUGUAGCUCCCACGGCCGUUGCGACCCUGAGACGGGUGUGUGCCACUGCAAUCGGGGCUGGUGGUCAUCCACGUGCCGCCGCCAAUGCCAGUGCAGUUCUACAUCACAGUGCGACCAGACCACAGGAGCCUGUCUCUGCCACUCGGGCUGGUGGGGCCGCCGUUGCAGCUUCCGCUGCUCCUGCAAUGGCUCCCCUUGCGAGCAGCUUUCGGGCCGCUGCAUCUGCCAGCCUGGCUGGUGGGAUUCCGAGUGCCGUCAGAAGUGUCAGUGCGUGCGUGGCCUCUGCAGUGCCACCUCCGGUCAGUGUUCUUGCCCUCCUGGCUUCCACGGCGCACGCUGUGAGCUGCCCUGUGCUCCUGGUAGCUACGGGGUGCAGUGCAGCAAAAGCUGUGGCCAAUGUGAGCAGAAUGCAUCGUGCUCCCCAGACACAGGCCACUGUGAGUCCUGCAAGCCAGGCUGGGAUGGGACCCAGUGCCAGCAGCCCUGCUCACCAGGCACCUUUGGCAAGAACUGCAGCCAGCAGUGCCCUCGCUGCCGGCUUGGGGAGGCCUGUCAGCCAGAGACAGGCCACUGUCAGCACUGUGACCCUGGCUGGCUGGGGCCCAGGUGUGAAGACUCCUGCCCAAUGGGCACCUUUGGGGAGGGCUGUGGCUCUACCUGCCCCACCUGUAUUCAGGGCUCCUGUGAUGCUGUAACAGGAGAAUGUGUCUGCAGUGCUGGCUAUUGGGGGACCAGCUGCAACAGUUCCUGCCCAUCUGGCUUCCAUGGAAACAACUGCUCUAUUCCCUGCCAAUGUACAGAGGGACUCUGCCACCCUGUCUCAGGGGCCUGCCCUUACAGUAAGGAUGCCAUCCUCACUACUGGCAUCCUGGUCCCUCUGCUGCUGCUCCUCCUGGGCAUUGCCUGCUGGGCCUACUACCGCUGGACUACUCGGUUGGACCCCAAGGACAGGCCUGUGAGAGAUGGUGCUGCCUUGUCCAGGAUGAAGCAGCAGGUCUGGGGGGCGCUGACCAGUCUAGGCUCUGCCCUGUCCUGUGGUUCCCUCAGCAGACACAAACUUCCCUGGGUGACAGUCUCUCACCAUGACCCAGAGGUCCCCUUCAACCAUAGCUUCAUCGAGCCACCCUCUGCUGGCUGGGCCUCAGAUGACUCCUUCUCUUCUGAUCCUGAGUCUGGAGUAGAGGACGAAGUUCCUGCCUACUGUGUGCCACCCCAAGAAGGGAUGGUCCCGGUAACCCAUGCAGAGUCAGCAGAGGCCAGCCUGGCUGGUGGCCCCUUCCCUACCCCAGAGGAUACCUCCACACCAUUUGCUAUUCCACGCACCUCCAGCCUAGCGCGGGCCAAGCGGCCAUCAGUUUCCUUUGCUGAAGGCACCAAGUUUGCGUCACAGAGUUGCCGAAGCUCAGGAGAACUCUCCAGCCCAUUCCGAAAACCCAAAAGGCUCUCCAGGGGGGCCCAACCAGGUCCUGAAGGUCAGGAAGCCAAGGAGUCCGCAACUCUGGAGCAAGGAAACACAGAUGAGGCUGCUCCUGCUACUGCCAGCCCUGGAGAUUCUGCCAUUGACCACCAGUACUACCUUGAAGACCAGACAGCAGCUGAGUGUGUGGAAGCCAUUGACAGUGGUGUCAAGGAGACCUCAGAUCCUGUGGCCACAAUCUACAUGCUGGCAGGGACGCCCCAGAGAUCUGAGGGUCCUGUCUUGUCUAUCUUUCGGCAUUUUGGUAAUUUCUGGAAAGGUCAGGCAGAAGCUAAGGUCAAGACUGCCAUCCCUAAGCCUCCACGCCGAGCCCUGGGUCAGAACAAGAAUAGCCCUGGGCUGGCCUCUAGUUCUGCCAGUCAGAGGCCUGGUGCUAUUGCUAAGCCACCACGCCGGGCCCGGGGUCAGAACAAGGGCAACCCUGGGCUGUCCUCUGGCUCUGCCAGUCAGAGCCUUGGCUUAGCUCCCAAUGCCAAACUCAUUUGUACCAUGGAGUCUAUAGGAGUUAGAUCAGAGGAUGUGUCUAGAGGGGUAGGGGAUGGCAUUGAGAGCUCAGGGAGGGCCCAGGAGCCAGUCAUUGGGAACAGCCCCCCAGAACAAGAUCUCCAAAAGCAGGCAGAAGAGGAAGGGCAGGAGGAGCCCUUGUAUGAGAAUGUUGUACUCGUGUCUGGGCCACCAGAGUCCUAAGGACCCUGAAUUUGGGAACUGAAAGACUGUGGAUGGGCGGAAGGGCAGGGAGGGGGCACCAGAACUACUCAUGGAUCAGAUUAUACUUUGUGAUGGAAAAUGAUCCAGAGCCAGAGCAGUAGAGCCUCUGCCUUGGAGAAGGCCAGAGUUAGAGGCCAGUUGGCUCUGCGCCCUGGCAAUGCUGGAAGCCUGGGCAGAGACCCUGCCGGAUGGGGUCAGGAAGGGGGAAGAGAUGGCUACAGGGACUUUUUCUCUGUUGUUCUAAAUUCUGCCCCAAAGGACUAUUAUUUCCUUCAUUUGCAAAACAUUGUUCUGGAAUUGGAAACAAACUAAAUGUUUGAUGAUGAAGAUAGACUAAACAAAUAUUUCUUAGAAAAAUCGUGUACAAGGAUAAAAUAUUUGUGCUAUACUAAGUAUGUAAAGAGCAAUUUAGAAAUAAGGGUAUACAGCGUAGCUUUUUUUUUUUUUUCUUUUUGUGUGUGGUGUUUGGGUUAGAACACAGGGCCUCAGUCAUGCUAAGCAUGAGUAUCACUGAGUACUACUGAGUUACAUUCUCAAUUCCCUGUGUUUCUUUAUUUUUUGAGGAACCAUGGAUUGAACCCAGGAUCUCAAGCAUGCCAGGCAUGAGACUUUGCCACUGAGCUAUAGCCCCAGCAUUUUUAAUUUUUUAUUUUGAGACAGGGUCUUGCUAAGUUGCUGAGUUGACCUUGAACUUACAAUUCUCCUGCCUCAGCCUCCUGAGAAGCUAGGAUUACAGAAGUGUGCCAACAAGCAGCCAGACCCAUUGUUUUCCUUUUAUAAAUUUUAUUUCAUGUUGCCUCCAAAUGAAUUUUUAGAAUUCUCCCUUUUUGUGUACUUAGUGACUACUUUAUGAACUUUUGUGUGUGUGUGGCAGGGGGGUACUAGGGAUUGAGCCCAGGGGUGCUUUUCUACUGAAAUACAUUCCCAGCUCUUUUUAUUUUUUAUUUUGAGACAGGUCUAAGUUUCUGAGGCCAGCCUUGAAUUUGUGAUCCUCUUGCCUCAGCUUCCUGAGUUGGUGGGAUUGCCAGCAUGUGCCACCACACCUGGCUAUGUACUAUUUUUUUUUUAAACAAAUGUAUGUGCAUAAGAGUAAAAGACUUGAACUUGGCAUGGUGGCACACAACUGUAAUCCCAGUGACUCGGGAGGCUGAGGCAAGAGGAUCCCAAGUUCAAGUCUGGCCUCGGCAACUUAGUGAAACCCUAAGCAAUUUAGCAAGGCCCUAUUUCAAAAUAAAAAAUAAAAAGGGCUGGGAAUAUAGUUCAGUGGUAGAGCCCCAGUGGGUUCAAUUUCUAGUGCAAAAAUAAAAAAUAAAAUAAAAAAAGAUUUGAGGGAAAAGCAUCAGCUUAAAUUAUAUUUUUCCGGGUUGGGGAUGUGGCUCAAGCGGUAGCGCGCUUGCCUGGCAUGCGUGCGGCCCAGGUUCGAUCCUCAGCACCACAUACAAAGAUGCUGUGUCCGCCAAAAACUAAAAAAUAAAUAUUAAAAAAAAAAUUCUCUCUCUCUCUCUCUUUAAAAAAAAAUAAAAUAUAUUAAAAAAAAAAAAGUAUAUUUUUCCUGGGAGAUGACAUUGCAGUUGAAUAUUUUCUUCUUAAACUUUUGAAUAAUUUGCAAAUUUUCUACAGUAAACAUUUUUUUUCUCACUAGAUUGAAUUUUUUAAAAUAAUUUUUUGAAUAUUUGUUUUAGUUGUUGCACCUGUAUUUUAUUCAUUUUUUUAUGUGUGUUGUUGAGAAUUGAACCCAGUGCCUCACACAUACUAGGCAAGUGCUCUACCACUGAGCCACAACCCCAACCCUAGACUGAAUUUUUAAAAAAAAAUUAUGAAAGGUGGGGCUGGGAUUAUAGAAUGCUUGCCUAGCAUCUGUAAGGCACUGGGUUCGAUUCUCAGCACGGCACAAAAAUAAGUAAAUAAAUAAAUAAAAUAAAGUUAUUAAAAAAAUUAUGAGGGGCUGGGGUUGUGGCUCAGUGGUAGAGUGCUUAUCUGGCAUAUGUUUGGCACUGGGUUCGAUUCUCAGUACCACAUAUAAAUAAGUAAAUAAAAUAAAGGUUCAUUGACAACCAAAUAUGUAUAUAUAUAUUUUAAAAAUUAUGAAAGGUAAUUUGGUUCUUUGUUAAAAAAUAAAAAGUGCUAGCUGGGGCAGUGACAGGUGCCUGUAGUCCAUUACUCAGAAGGUCGAGGGGGAAGGAUCACUUGAGCCCACAAGUUUGAGACCAUCCUAGGCAAUAAAAAGAGAGCUCAUAUGAAAAAUAAAAAUAAAUGAAAUAAAAAGCUAUAACAUUACAAACAUGUAUAAAGUAAAAUGAAGAUUUCCCUUUUUCCCUAGAGGCAGUCUGGGGAUAAGACAGAGGUCAGACUUAUUUUUCACUGAGUGCUUGUUGGUCUUAUUUGAAUUUGGCUACCUGUUAUAUUACCUAGUCAGAAAAGAAGGGGAGGGCUGAGUCUGUAGCUCAGUGGCAGAGUACUUGCCUAGCAUGUGUGAGACACUGGGUUUGAUCUUUAGUCUGCAUAAAUAAAGUAAUAAAAAGAAAAGAAGUUAAGGGAGGGGUGUCCCUUUUUAUCCCAGUGUGCAGAGAAUCUUACAGUUGAGAUACUCUGAUUUCUUUUUUUUUUUUUUAUGGUACCCAGGAUUGAACUCAGGGGGCACUCAACCACUGAGCCACAUCCCCAGCCCUAAAUAGGAUGUGAGGAUGUAUUUUAGUUAGAGACAGGGUCUCACUGAGUUGCUUAGCGCCUUGCUUUUCACCAAGGCUGGAUUUGAACUCUCGAUCCUCCUGCCUCAGCCUCCCAAGCCACUGGGAUUACAGGCAUGUACCACUGCCUGGGCUUCAGAUUUCUUUUUUAUACACAUGUAAAUAUAUGUUUUAAAACAUACUAAGCAUACUAUUUUGCAACUUGCUUUUUUUUUUUUUUUUUUUUUUGCAGAGCCAUUGAACUCAGGCCCUUGUAGGUAGUAAGCAUGGGCUCUAUCACUGAGCUACACUCCCAGCCCUGCAACUUGCUUUCACACUUAGCAAGAUAUUCUCUAUAACUUUUGAAGUCAGUAAAUGUAAAGCUACCUCCUUUCAUAAAAUAUGACCAGGUGGAAUUCCAUCAUGUGGAAAUACGACAGGUUAUUUUAUACCAUGCCCAUUGCCAAUGGACAGCUGAGUUGCUUCUGAUAAAAUAAAAUGUAUCCACAUUUCUUAUUGCAUGAGUAUACAUUUUUUUUGUAGAAUAUAUUCCUAGGAGGGAGCUGUUGAGUUAUAGUGUAAGAAAAUUACAAGUUUCUAUACUUCUUCCAAAUUGCCCUCCAAAAUAGCUGUAUGGGUUUGUAGUCACAAAUUAAAGGAAUAAGCAUGGUCAGGUGUCAUGGCACAAACCUAUAAUCCCAGCUCCUUGGGAGGCUCAGGCAGGAGGAUCAUAAGUUGGAAGCCAGAUUUAGCAAUUCAGCAAGACCCUGUCUAAAAUAAAAUUAAAAACAAUGCUUGCCUGGGGCUGGGGUUGUGGCUCAGUGGCAGAGUGCUUGCCUACCAUGUGUGAAGAACUGGGUUCGAAUGUCAGCACCACAUAUAAAUGAAUAAAACAAAGGUUCAUCAAUAGCUAAAAAAUAAACAAAUAAAUAGUGCUUAUCUAACAUGUAGAAGACCCUGGGUUCAAUCCCUAGUGUCUCUCUCUCUCUCUCUCUCACACACACACACACAUACACACUCACACACACGGGCAUUCAUUUCCUUGUAAAUCUAAUUAGGUAGAAAAUGGUAAGUUAUUAUUUUAGCACAAAUGGAAUAAAGUAAUACAUGUUAAAGUUCUUAAAAUCUUUAUACAAAUUAAAAAACAAAACUUUAUUUUAACCAUCAAAAACUGAUAUGUCUGCGUUUGGGGAUGUGGUUCAGUAAUAGAGUGCUUGCUUUGCAUACCCAAGGCUCUGGGUUUGAUCCCCAGCACUGAAAAAAAAAAAAUCUCAUUUCAAUUUGAAUUUCUAUGAUUAUUCUAAGGUUGAGGUCUUUUCAGACCUUAAAUUGCUAUUUGUAUUUUUCCAAUAGAUAAUCUGGGUAUAUUCAAUUUUGAAUUGAAUUGUUCAUGUUUUUCUGGUUGAUUUGGAAGUACAUUUUCUGUAUCAAGAAUAUUAAUUCUGGUCUGGGGAUGUGGCUCAAGCGGUAGCGCACUCGCCUGGCAUGCGUGCGGCCCGGGUUCGAUCCUCAGCACCACAUACAAACAAAGAUGUUGUGUGCGCCAAAAACUAAAAAAUAAAUAAAUAUUAAAAUUCUAAAAAAAAAAAAAAAGAAUAUUAAUUCUUUGCUCAGUUUGUGAUAGGUUUUUAAAACCUAUUUAGAGUUUCUUCUCUUUUUCUCUACAAGGGGAAAGGUCUUCUCUACCCUAAAAUUAGUGAAAUAAUCUAAUUAUUUGGUAUGUUAGUGGUUUUAUUUUAUUGUUGUUAUUUUUGCAGUGCUGGGUAGCAAACCCAGGACUUUGCACAUGCUAGGCAAGCCCUCUAUCACUGAGCUCCAUUCCCAAUGGUUUUAUUUCUUUUAUGAUUUGGCAACAGUGCUGGUGUUGUGGCAUUAGUACUCCUGACAAAAAACAAAGGUUUCACUCAGACUCAAGUCCCAGCUUCAACAUUUCAUUUUGUGGCUCUGGAAAAGUUGCUUAAAUCCUCUGGUUUUUCUUCUGAAAAAUGAAGACAAUGCCUAUCUCCUAGUGUGUUUGUGAGGAUUAAGUGGCACAAAUGAUGAAAAGCAUGUAGUAUAUGUUUAGCUCUCAAUAAAAGCUAAUUAUUAUUGGCACUACAUAGGA